AAAAAGACUGCGCGCAAGGUAAGGAGCGGGAGACUGAGGCAGGAAGGUUGGAGCUGGCCAGGGGCCACCCGCCAAAUGUCACCCGGGGGUGCGCGUGGGCGGGGGCAAAGCUUCAGCGCUUGGCUGGCGGUUGGUCCUGCGCUGGCGGUUGGUCCUGCUCGCGGCUAGCAGGACCCCCUAGGUCUCGAGGGACGGAUUCUAAACCACUGCACAUUGCCCAGGAGACCCCAGUGAUGGCACUGUGGACUCGCCUGUAUGGCCGCGUCCUGGAAAGCUCUAGGGUGAUGCCCACCAUCAGUGAAGAAGGCCCUUCAGGAGGAAGUGAAAACCAUGGAUCUGGCUGCCCUUCACAACCAGAUGCAGAUUCCCAUUUUGAACAGCACAUGAUGUCCAUGCUAGAAGAAACAGACAUUGCUCAGAGCACACUGAUAGAGACUCAAGAAACAUUGGCGUUGACCCAGGGGAAAUUACUCGAGGUUGGUCAUGAGAGAGAUUCGUUGCAGAGACAACUCAAUACUGCGCUUCCACAGGAGUUUUCAACGCUUGCAAAAGAGCUCAACAUUUGCAGGGAACAGCUGCUUGAGAAGGAAAAAGAAAUUGCUGAACUCAAAGCAGAAAGGAACAACACGAGGCUGUUCCUGGAACAUCUGGAGUUCCUUGUCUCCAGGCAUGAACGCUCUCUCGAAACGACUGUGAUGAAGCGGCAGGCGCGGUGUCCUGCAGAUGUGUCCACAGAGAUGGAAGUGCUAAAAGCACUGACAUUCUUAUUUGACCACCACAAGACCCUGGACAAAGAGGUGCGAGAGCAAUUACGUGUAGCACUGCAAAGGUGCAGCUUGCUGGAAGAGGAACUGGGCGCCACGCACAAGGAGCUAAUGGCUCUUAAAAAACAGAAUAAUGAGAAAAAAUCACCAAGAGAUGGAGUGCUUGACCAUGAACAAGAAGAAACACCAAGCACUAAUGGAAAGUUGCUAGCUUGCAGAGAAGAAGAACGAGAUGACAAGACAACGAUAAAAUGUGAAACUUCCCCUCUCUCCUCUCCGAAGUCCCUUCAGCUAGACAGGCUGCACACAGGGGCGUUGCAAAUAGUCAGCCACGAGGACAUCAGGGACAUGCAAAAAUCAAAAAGUGCCCAGGAUGGUCCUGUGAGCAAUCCCAGUAGCAGUGACAGCAGGCAGGACUCGCCCCACAAAGCCCCAAAGAAGAAGGGCAUCAAGUCCUCCAUUGGUCGUUUGUUUGGCAAAAAGGAAAAGGGUCGGCCUGGACAAACUGGCAAAGAAUCACCAGGACAAGAAACCUCAUCUCAGGAUGCAUUCCGACUUAGCAAAUUGGGAGGAAAGGCUGAAAAAAAUCGAAAAUUUCAAAAAAACUCAACAGGCUCCCAGGAAGGUCCUGUGAACAAUCCCAGUACCAGUGACAGCAGGCAGGACACGCUCCACAAAGCCCCAAAGAAGAAGAGCAUCAAGUCCUCCACUGGUCGUUUGUUUGGCAAAAAGAAAAAGGGUCCGCCUGGACAAACUGGCAAAGAAUCACCAAGACAAGGUGGGCCGGUUUUAGGCAGCUGUCCUAACUGCUGGGAUUGGGAGAGCGUGAGCUUUUUCCUAUGUACCUGCCACAGGUGUCCAGUGCCCACAAGGAAUAAAGCCCCAAAGAAGAAGAGCAUCAAGUCCUCCACUGGUCGUUUGUUUGGCAAAAAGAAUAAGGUUCUGCCUGGACAAACUGGCAAAGAAUCACCAAGACAAGCUGUUGUUUCUGAAACAGAAAACUCAUCUCAGGAUGCCUUACAACUUAGCAAACUGGGAGGAAAGGAUGAAAAAAAUCAUCAACUUCAAAAACAGCCUGAGUUGCUGGAGGAAGCCCAGAGGCAAGGCUUACCAUUUUCACAGUGGGACGGGCCAACCGUGGUUGAAUGGCUGGAGCUCUGGGUUGGGAUGCCUGCUUGCUAUGUGGCUGCCUGCAGAGCAAAUGUGAAAAGUGGGGCCAUCAUGUCAGCUCUGUCAGACAGACAGAUCCAGCAAGAGAUUGGCAUCAGCCACCCUCUGCACAGACUGAAGCUGCGGCUGGCCAUCCAGGAAACCCUGUGGCUCACCAGCCCUUCGGCUCCACCCACAUUGAAAAAGACCACAGGAAAUGUCUGGUUAACACAUGAAGAGAUGGAAACACUCGCAGCCACAUCUCAGAUGGUCAGUCAGCCCUGCAGCUCAUGUUCCAAAACACUUGCAUAUGGGGACAUGGACCACGAGUGGAUUGGCAAUGAGUGGCUGCCCAGCCUGGGCCUACCUCAGUACCGAAGCUAUUUCAUGGAGUGCCUUGUGGAUGCUCGGAUGCUGGACCACCUGACCAGGAAAGACCUGCGGGGGCGGCUGAAAAUGGUUGACAGUUUUCACAGGAACAGCUUCCAGUGUGGACUUAUGUGCCUGAAAAGGUUAAAUUAUGAUCGUAAAGAACUUGAAAGAAGAAGAGAAGAAAGUCAGCAUGUAGUUAAAGAUGUGCUUGUUUGGAGCAAUGAUCGAGUGAUUCGCUGGGUCAUAUCCAUUGGCCUUAAAGAAUAUGCAAACAACCUCAUAGAGAGUGGGGUUCAUGGCGCACAGCUGGCCUUAGAUGAAGCCUUCGAUUACAACACAUUGGCCCUGUUGUUACAGAUCCCGACAGAGAACAGAAAGGCUCGAAAUGUCUUGGACAAAGAAUUUGCCGACCUUUUGGUCCUUGGGACUGUCAGACGUUUUGAUGUUGAGCAUGACAAACACUUUAGGAGAGCACCUUCAUGGAGAGAGAAGGUUAGAGAAAAGGCCAUUCAUGGCGUGGCAACUGGGUCAUCAGAGACACUCCCUGCAAACUUCCGAGUCUCUUCUUCCAAGUCUUCCCACUCUGUGCAGCCCAAUGAGAUCCAGAUGGAUGGCAGUGUAUCAGAAACACAGAAGUUGGAUUCUGCGACAGUCAGGACUUCCUCCCGUUAAGCCUCCUGUUGUUUUCCUGCACUACUUCUACAGAUGAUGUGCAGCAUUUGGAAUCCAACAGAGACUACAUUUUUUAAUUCAGUCGAAUCGCUAUCUGUUAAUACUUGUUAUAUGGAUAUUUUAUAACAGAGUUUUUAAUUAAUAAAAAAUUCAUCAAUAACAUAGAGAAAAUAUUUUAGAAUUUAAUGUUUCUUCUAUUUUUGUAAACUUAGGACUUUUCAUUUAUAUAGUUACUUACUUUUUCAUCUAUGUUUAGAUAUCUCUGGAAGCAAUUCAUGUUCUUAUAUCUAAUUUUAGUCUUUCAAAUGAAUGUACUGUAGUGCUUGUAUGUAUAAACCCUAUGAACAAAUACACGGCUUUUGUAAAUUGUGCACAUAUUGUAAUUAUUACUAUUUAACUUUUUAAUGAUAAGCCAUCCCUGAAAAAAUUAGUUUACUACACUUUUUUUUGUCUUUUUUGUUUUUAUCGGUACUAGGGAUCAAACUCAGGACUGCCUGCUUGCAAGGCAGGUGCUUAUGCCACUGAGCUAAAUCCCCAGCCCAGUUUACUACAUUUAUAAAAUUGUUGUGACAUAAGCAAUGUGCAUUAUCCUUCACCUUGCUCUACAUCAGUCAUUUUAAAAUCAGGAGACUUCAUUCCAAGCAGUUGUCAUAUUUUGAGGUUGACUGACCUUAACUGUUCUUUUUUUAGCAAGAAAUCAGAGUCUAAUAAAGUCGGGACUGAACCGUUGCACCAGAGCACUAUAGAACUUUCUUAGCACUGGUUCCCUUUUCCCCAUCCUGUCUCUGGACUUGGGGAGCUUGUCUUCAGAGACUUGACCAGAAGCCAUGAGCUGGGAGCUGCUCUCAGCAGGGCUGGAGUGGCCAGGGGUGGACCCCAGCCUGGCACCUUCCCUGCCUCUUUCCCGUGAGCAUGUGGAAGGUGCCUCCAGCUAUUCUUAGAGGACCAAUCACUGAGCACUGUGCUCACAUCUCACAGACAUUGGUGCAUGAGCAGAUGAGAGCAGGAAACCCUGAAAAUAAAGUUGUACAACUCUAACUAAUCAAGGCCUUAUUUUUCAUAUGUCAGUCACCUUUUUACAUUGGUUUAUAAACAUGUUUCAACUAGUCAUACAUUUUUAGAUUUUGAUGACAUAGCCAUUUUGGAUUGAACAAGUAGCAAAAGCAACUUGCUUUUCACUGGCAUAUUAAAAAGCCAGCAAGGAAGGAGUCAGAUCAGGGUGCAUGUUAUUUAUUGUGCAACUGAUACAUGGGUAGAGGCAGCAUGCCUUUUUAAUUUAGUUUAUGCAGGGGCUGGGGAUUUAGCUCAGCGGCAUAAGCGCCUGCCUUGCAAGCAGGCCGUCGUGAGUUCGAUCCCUGGUACCGAUAAAAACGAAAAAGACAAAAAAAAAAAAAAGAAAAAAGAAAAAAAAAUAAUUUAGUUUAUGCAUACAAUUCACUUGUACAAUCCAUAUUACUGCCCUUUUUCUAUUAAUUUUUGUGGAAUUUUCUGAGUAUGUAACAAAGUAUACAGUCAUAUACAUAUAUAUACUUUUGAACUAUUUUAAUCACAGUAUUAUUUAUUGCUUUCUUUCAAUAAAGUUCUGAAUCAUUUUUCACUGCCAA